AUGAGUUCCUUACGAUUCCUCGAUCUGGUCAAGCCGUUCGUGCCGUUCCUCCCAGAGGUUCAGCAGCCGGAAACCAAGGUUCCCUUCAACCAGAAGCUGAUGUGGACGGCCCUGACCCUCCUCAUCUUCUUGGUAAUGAGUCAGAUGCCUCUGUACGGUAUCGUCUCGUCGGACAACUCCGAUCCCCUAUACUGGUUGCGAAUGGUGAUGGCUAGUAAUCGUGGUACCCUCAUGGAAUUGGGUAUCACGCCCAUCAUCUCGUCCGGAAUGGUCUUCCAGCUCCUUGCCGGCACCCACAUGAUUGACGUCAACUUGGACCUGAAGUCCGACCGUGAGCUCUACCAGACCGCCCAGAAGCUAUUUGCCUUCAUUCUCUCCGCCGGUACCGCCACCGUCUAUGUCUUCAGCGGCCUUUACGGUACUCCCUCCGACCUCGGCGCCGGUAUCGUCUUCCUUCUUAUCCUUCAGCUCUUCGUCGCUGGCAUGAUUGUCAUCCUUCUUGACGAGCUUCUCCAGAAGGGCUAUGGUAUGGGCAGUGGUAUCUCGCUCUUCAUCGCCACCAACAUCUGCGAGUCCAUCGUCUGGAAGGCCUUCUCUCCCACCACCAUCAACACUGGACGUGGCCCUGAGUUCGAGGGUGCCAUCAUUGCCCUCUUCCAUCUCCUCAUGACCUGGCCCAACAAGCAGCGAGCUCUCCAGGAGGCUUUCUACCGACAGAACCUUCCCAACAUCAUGAACCUUCUCGCCACUCUGGUCGUCUUCGCCGCCGUUAUCUACCUCCAGGGCUUCCGCGUCGAGAUCCCCGUGAAGUCAUCCCGCCAGCGUGGUGCCCGUGGCUCGUAUCCUGUCCGCCUCUUCUACACCUCCAACAUGCCCAUCAUGUUGCAGUCCGCCCUCUCGUCGAACGUCUUCCUCAUUAGCCAGAUGCUUUACUCCCGUUUCUCUGAGAACCUCCUCGUCCGCCUCUUUGGUGUCUGGGAGGCCAAGGACGGCUCCUCGCAGCUCCAGGCUAUCUCCGGUCUCGUCUACUACAUGUCUCCUCCUCUCAACUUCAAGGAUGCUCUCCUCGACCCCAUCCACACUGUUGUCUACAUCGGUUACAUGCUCACUGCCUGCGCUAUCUUUUCCAAGACUUGGAUUGAGGUUUCCGGUUCCAGCCCCCGCGAUGUUGCCAAGCAGCUCAAGGACCAGGGCCUUGUCAUGGCUGGCCAUCGUGAUCAAUCCAUGUACAAGGAGCUCAAGCGCAUCAUCCCCACCGCCGCUGCCUUUGGUGGCGCGUGUAUCGGCGCCCUCUCUGUUGCCUCUGAUCUCAUGGGCGCUCUUGGCUCCGGCACAGGUACCCUUCUUGCCGUCACCAUCAUCUACGGCUACUUCGAAAUGGCGGCCAAGGAGGGCGACCUUGCUGGCAUGAAGGGCAUGAUCAUGGGCUGA